AAGAGGCGGCGGGCGCGGGCGGCCGAGCGGAGCCGAGCGCGGCCGAGCCGGGCCGAGCCGGACCGAGCCGAGCCGGGCCGGGCCCAGGAGCGCGCGGACGAUGCGGGCGGCCGUGCGGGGCGCGCGGGGCCGCUGAGCCGCGUCCGGUGGGCGAGCGCGGCGCGGCCAUGGCCGGGGUGGGCUACGCGGCGCCCUGGUGGGCGAGCCUCCUGCACCGGCUGCCGCACCUGGACCUGCGCGGGGAGCCCACCGGUAACCUCUUCCGGCCCGAGGACGCCGACUACCAGCAGGCACUGCUGCUGCUGGGAGCCACGGCGCUGGCCUGCCUCGCCCUGGAUCUCCUCUUCCUGCUCUUCUACUCCUUCUGGCUGUGCUGCCGGCGGCGCAAGAGCGAUGAGCACCUGGACGCGGACUGCUGCUGCACGGCCUGGUGCGUCAUCAUCGCCACGCUGGUGUGCAGCGCGGGCAUCGCCGUGGGCUUCUACGGCAAUGGGGAGACCAGCGACGGCGUCCACCGGGCCACGUACUCGCUGCGUCACGCCAACCGCACGGUGGCGGGGGUGCAGGACCGCGUGUGGGACACGGCGGCCGCCCUGAACCGCUCGGCAGAGCCCAGUCUGCAGAGCCUGGAGCGGCAGCUGGCCACGCGCCCCGAGCCCCUGCGGGCCGUCCAGCGGCUCCAGGGCCUGCUGGGGAAGCUGCUGGCCUACACGGCGGCCAUCCCGUUUUGGAAGAACCCCUCAGUGUCGCUGGAGGCGCUGGCCGAGAUCGUGGACCUCUACGACUGGUACAGGUGGUUGGGCUACCUGGGGAUCCUGCUGCUGGACGUGGCCAUCUGCUUGCUGGUGCUCGUCGGCCUCAUCCGUAGCUCCAAGGGCAUUCUGGUGGGGGUCUGCCUGCUGGGGGUCUUGGCCCUCAUCAUCAGCUGGGGUACGCUGGGCUUGGAGCUGGCCGCGUCUGUGGGCUCCAGCGACUUCUGCGUGGACCCCGACACCUAUGUAACACGCAUGGUGGAGGAGCACGGGGUGCUGAGUGGGGACAUCCUGCAGUACUACCUGGCCUGCUCGCCGCGUGCCGCCAACCCCUUCCAGCAGACGCUGUCGGGCAGCCACAAGGCCCUGGUGGAGAUGCAGGACGUGGUGGCCGAGCUCCUGAGGACAGUCCCGAAGGAGAACCCCUCCACCAAGGACCCACUGCUGCGUGUCCAGGAGCUGCUGAAUGGCACCGAGGUCAACCUGCAGCACCUCACGGCCCUGGUGGACUGCCGCAGCCUGCACCUGGACUACGUGCAGGCCCUCACAGGCCUCUGCUACGACGGCGUGGAGGGCCUCAUCUACCUGACGCUCUUCUCUUUCGUCACGGCCCUCAUGUUCAGCUCCAUCGUCUGCAGCGUCCCCCACACCUGGCCGCAUAAGAGAGGCCCUGACGAGGACGGGGAGGACGAGGCGGCACCCGGCCCCCGGCGGGCACACGACAGCCUCUACCGCGUGCACAUGCCGAGUUUGUACAGCUGCGGGAGCAGCUACGGCAGCGAGACCAGCGUCCCCGCCGCAGCCCACACUGUCAGCAACGCGCCCGUCACCGAGUACAUGAGCCAGAACGCCAACUUCCAGAGCACCCGCUGUGAGAACACCCCCCUCAUCGGGCGCGAGUCUCCGCCGCCCUCGCGCUACCUGGCGGCCCUGGACUCUGCCCGACACUCGGGCUGGCAGUUCCAGCCCCUGGACAGUGGCCGACUGCGGUGGUGGCCUCAGAGCGACAGUACACCUCCAGCAUGAGAGCCAAAUACCUCGCCACCAGCCAGCCGCGCCCCGACUCCAGUGGCAGUGGCCACUAGCCGGCCAGCCGCCCGCCCGCCCGCCCACGUGCCAACCGCCCCGUCUCCCCACGCCACCGCUGGACGCUCCACCACGGGCUCCUCUGCCGCUCCCCGGCCUCCUUGCUGCCGGCCGCUCGGACCGUGGUCAGCCCGCGGCCCCUCUGCCCGCUUCCGCCUGCAGCCCGCUGGCCCACACUGCCCCGUCCCUGUGAUUCUCACUCCACAGGCUUCGUGCAGCCGGACCCGGAGCCGGGGCGACCGCUUUCUCUGCCCUGCCAGCCUCCAGCCUCGCUCUCUCCCACAGUGCCCCGCAGUGCCCUGGGCCGCUGGCCGCCUUCUUGGUGCCAAACCCCACCCCUCCCCCCUGCCCCCGCAGGCCUGGCAGUGUCGGCUGUCUUUGCACUAACCUCCUUUGUCAUCCUUAGGGCAGGCACGGGCCGCCUGUCCCUUCGCUCCCCUUUGCACCCUGACAGGCGCUGUGUCCCCAGGCCCGACGGGGCGCUCCCAGCUGGCAGCGAUGGCGGCGGACAGCGGGGUCUGUGUGGGCUGCGGGACAGGGCAGGGCUUCGGCCCCACGGUGCUUCCAGCGUCCUGCAGGAUAUCUGCCCCGCCCAGGGGACCAGGCCCCCGGCUCC